AUUUUUGAUAAUAUGAUGGAUAACCUCUCCAGAGUUAUAAAUGUUUAACAAAAUAUGUGGAAUAAAAUUUUGUAUAAAAAAGAGACAAUUUACAAGUUCUUCAUCAGUAGCUAGUUCGGCAGUCUUCAAUUCAACAACUCAAAAAUGUCCAAGAUUUGCGCUAUUUUUAUGGUCUUGUUCCUGGCCCAAGCUGCCUUGGGUAAACCUGCAGACUCUUCCGUUGAACAGGAAUUAACCCCCAAACAAGAACUGGCCGGAUAUAUCGGUAUUAGUCUCUUUGCUUUGAUUCAAGAAUAUUCCGAAAAAUGCAUUAAAAUAAGCCGUGAGAUCCUUAAGGAUGAUGACUUUAAGGUCCGCCCGGAGCCCAUGAUUGUAGAAUUCAAAGAAAAGUUAAACAAGUUUGUCGAUGCUUAUGAAACCUCCACUGAUAUGGAGAAAAAAAUCGAUACCCUUGACAUGUUCUCCAACAUUAUCGAUUUCUAUUAUGAAAUUCCUGAGGAUAAAUAUACUCCCGAAUCUAAGUACAUUGUAGAUAUUUGGACAAAUACCACUACAAGAACAUUGAAGUUGAGAUGGAGAAAGAAUUCUCUCCCUUCGUCGAGAAGGUUAUGAAGAUUUUCGAAGAAAACAAGAGCGUUUUGGAUAAGCCUACUUUAGCCUGGUUCGAAAAGUACGAACACAUUACCGAUUUUGGGGAAAAACUUAAUGCCUUUACUGCAUUGCUUGAGAUGCUUACCGAACAAUAAAAAGCUAUACAGUUUGAAAAGUUUACUGCUUUGCUUGAAAUGGUCUCUGAUAACUAAACAGAACUUUGUUUGGAAGGAAUUGUUGUUGAUAAUAAAUAAAUAAUUAAAUAAAUAAAUAAAACAAAAAA